AUGAUAGUGAAGUCUUGUUUCAUCAUCUUAUUCUUAUUUUUUACAUUGUCUUAUGGAAAACCAAUAAAAGGUAAAACAGGAAAACCAAUAAAAGGUAAAACAGGAAAAUCACACGCGAAAGCUCCAAAAGUUCAAUCAAAUACGGAUGCAUUGAAAUUUUUAAAUAAAUUUGGUUAUAAUCACUGUAGUGGUAGUGUAGAUGCAAAGAUUAAAGGUGAAGGACCAUUAUGUCAAUCAAGUUUUCAAACAAUGAUUGAACAUUUUCAAACUCUUUACCGUUUACCUGUUACUGGUCGACUUGAUGCAAAAACUGUCGAGCUUAUGAAUAAAGCUCGAUGUAGUUUGGGUGAUUAUCCUUUGGCUUAUUCUGCUUUUCGUCCUUGGCCUAAUUCAACAUUAAAAUGGACAUUAAAUAAUGAAGCAGCUAAACUUGGAAAAGAUAAAACACGAUCACUUAUACAAGAAGCAUUUAAUGAUUGGGCAAAAUAUGCUCCAUUAAAAUUUCGUGAAGCGGAAGCAGGUGAAAAAACUGACUUUAGUAUUAGCUUUCAAACAGGUGAACAUGAUGAUGGUUAUCCAUUCGAUGGUUCAGGUGGUACUCUUGCUCAUGCUUUCUUUCCAACGGAUGGUAAAGUACAUUUUGAUGCAACAGAAGACUGGACAGAUAAAUAUGUUGACGGUGCUGGUUAUAAUUUUCGUUUGGUUGCUUCGCAUGAAAUUGGUCAUGCACUUGGUUUAGCACAUUCAUCUGAUCCAAAAUCAUUGAUGUUUCCAUUUUAUCAAUUAAUUAAACCGGAAGACCUACUUCCAAAAGAUGAUCGUGAUGGUAUUCGUGCAUUAUAUGGAACCAGUGAAACAAAUAAGCCGACAACCUUUCAUGCUACUACAGUUAAAACAACAGCAGCAACGAAGAAAACAACAACGAAGAAAACAACAACAAAAAAAGGUGCUAAAACUCAGAAGACUGUUAAGACAACAACUAGAAAAUCACAAACAACACAAGCACAAACAUUAUCGCAUGAUCGAUGUGCUCGUUUUCUUGAUGUUGUAUUCGGUGGUUCAGACGGUUGGUUAUAUACACUUGAUUAUGAUACUGUCUGGCGUAAUUAUCAAGGUCAGUGGGACACAAAAGGACUUCCAAUUACUGAAACAUUUCCUGGUGCUGAACCACAUAUGAUGGCUGGAAUUGUAUCUCCAAAAACAAACAAAAUUUAUCUCUUUAAAGGUCGACGAGUAUGGCGAUUUUCUCAUCCAAAUACACUUGAUGAUGGCUUUCCUAAACGUUUAUUUGGUACUGGUACUCCAUUUAAUCCAGUAGCUGCUCUUUAUGAAAAAAAACAUAUUUGGCUUUUGAAAGGUGGUCUUCUUUUUAAAUUUCAUGAAGAUGAUAUUCGAUAUGAAGAUAAUAAACCACCAAAACGUCUCAAUGAACAAUUUCCUGGUGUACCAGCUGAUGUUCGAACAGCGUUUACAUAUCAAGGAAAACAUUACUUUUUUACUGAACCUGAUCGAAAAGUAUAUAUUUUUGAUAUAAAAACGAACCGUACGGAACCUGGUUAUCCAAAGCCGAUGACAACAGGAUGGUUUGCAUGCAAAGGCAAUUAA